AUGCCUCUUGCGCAGAUCGCCGAACCAUGGCCCACUAUGGAACUGGUGCAGCUGGAGACGGAGAAUGGACAGAGCACCACAGAGGACGGAGUGGACGCAGAGGACAAGGACGAUGCGGAGAUCAAGGAGAUCAACAUCACAAAUGUGGUGAAGGAGGGAUCGGAGAAAGCGGAGGCGUCGCACUUCGAGCUGCUCAAGGUCCUGGGACAGGGCUCCUUCGGAAAGGUGUUUUUAGUUCGGAAGGUGACGCCUCCCGAUGACAACCAGCUCUACGCCAUGAAGGUCCUGAAGAAGGCUACGCUCAAAGUGAGGGACAGAGUGAGGACCAAGAUGGAGCGGGACAUUCUGGCGGACGUCAACCAUCCCUUCGUGGUCAAGCUCCAUUAUGCUUUUCAGACCGAGGGAAAGUUGUACCUGAUCCUGGACUUUCUCAGAGGAGGAGAUCUCUUCACUCGACUCUCCAAAGAGGUGAUGUUCACGGAGGAGGACGUGAAGUUCUAUCUGGCAGAGCUGGCUCUGGGGCUGGACCAUCUGCACAAGCUCGGCAUCAUCUACCGAGACCUCAAACCAGAGAAUAUUCUGUUGGAUGAAGAAGGCCAUAUCAAACUCACAGACUUUGGAUUGUGUAAAGAGGCCAUCGAUCAUGAGAAGAAAGCCUACUCCUUCUGCGGGACUGUGGAGUACAUGGCUCCAGAGGUGGUGAACCGGCAGGGACACACGCACAGCGCCGACUGGUGGUCGUACGGUGUACUGAUGUUCGAGAUGCUGACCGGGGCAUUACCGUUCCAAGGGAAGGACCGCAAAGAGACCAUGAACAUGAUCCUAAAGGCUCGUCUGGGGAUGCCUCAGUUCCUGAGUGCGGAGGCUCAGUCUCUGCUCCGAGCCCUGUUCAAGAGAAACCCCUCCAACCGCCUGGGUUCGGGAUCAGACGGAGCAGAGGAAAUCAAGCGCCACGGCUUCUACUCCACCAUCGACUGGAACAAACUGUUUCGGAGAGAAUUGAAGCCUCCGUUCAGACCGGCCGUGGCUCGCCCUGACGACACCUUCUACUUCGACUCGGAGUUCACCGCACGCACCCCCAAAGAUUCCCCUGGGGUCCCCCCGAGUGCAGGGGCCCACCAGCUCUUCAGAGGCUUCAGUUUCGUGGCCUCCAGUUUGCUCGACGAGGAGGGCUUUGCAGAACCAGUGAAACCCACUCCCCACCCUGUCGUUCAGCAGCUCCAUGGGAAGAACGUCCUGUUCAGCGACGGCUACGUCCUGAAGGAGGACAUCGGGAUGGGCUCCUUCUCCGUCUGCAAACGCUGCGUCCACAAAGCCACCAACACUGAGUACGCGGUCAAGAUGAUCGAUAAGACGGCCACGGAUCCUUCGGAAGAGAUCGAGAUCCUGCUCAGAUACGGACAGCAUCCCAACAUCAUCACACUCAAGGACGUGUACGACAAUGGGAAGCAGGUGUUCUUGGUGACAGAGCUGAUGCGCGGUGGUGAGCUGUUGGACCGGAUCCUGAAGCAGAAGUGUUUCUCGGAGCGAGAGGCCAGUGCGGUGCUGUUCACCAUCACCAAGACUGUGGAGUACCUUCACUCUCAGGGGGUGGUGCACAGGGACCUGAAGCCCAGUAACAUCCUGUAUGUGGACGAGUCUGGGAACCCCGAGUCCAUCCGCAUCUGUGACUUUGGCUUUGCUAAGCAGCUACGAGCUAACAACGGACUCCUCAUGACGCCGUGCUACACCGCCAACUUCGUGGCUCCAGAGGUGCUGAAGAGGCAGGGCUAUGAUGAGGGCUGUGACAUCUGGAGCCUUGGGGUGCUGCUCUACACCAUGCUGGCCGGUUUCACGCCAUUCGCCAACGGCCCCGAGGACACUCCCAACGAGAUCCUGAACAGAAUAGGCAACGGUCACUUCAGCCUGACUGGCGGCAACUGGGACACGGUGUCGGACGCAACAAAGGUCGAGGACACAGCCUGCGUCAAGGUUCAGCGAGACACGAGCCGGGGGAAGAGAUCUCCUGUUACUAUCGCGACGGCUCUUUGGGGGAACAUCCACGAGUUCUGUGAAAUGCUUACCACGUGUGAAGGAGAUGAAUACAGAACUAUCCGAAAGCACAAAACCCUCCAUGUUGAGGAACCAUGGCUGAAGCUGCUCCAUUCUAGACACGAGUAA